AUCAAUAAACGAACGUCAUUCGUUGGUAACCACAGAGUUAUGCUGACGGUUUUAACCCUAGAUUACUACUCUACGUCGCAGAGGCGCCCGCGUUUUUAAUAUAUUGCUUUCUCUUUUUAUCCUUUGCGCGUACGGCAUUCACGUUCAAGGACAUCUCAGUCAUCGCCAGCACGUGUCGCAGGACGGUGGUUGCGUUACGGUACGUUUUGAAACUUCAACAUCAUGGCUAGUAAUAGAAAAGCUAUGGAUGAUAUUAUAGCUAAUUGGCUAGAAGAAAGCGACCAUAACAGUGAUGAUAACUUUUCGGAAGAUGACUCUGAAAUUGAAGAUCAUGUAAGCGAUGAAGACGUUCAGGACGAUGUAGAAGAAGGGUACAUAGAAGAUGAAACUAUAGAGAACUCCAGGGACAUAAGAGCUGAAGAAUCUGUUUCAUCUUUUGUCCCAGAAAAUAGUGAGAGUUUGGAGCAAUCCAGUUCUGAUCGCCGUAUCCUAGUCCCGGCGCGUCGAACAUUGAAGGGCAAGAAUCAGCACUGUUGGUCUACUUCUAAAGGUGAAAGUCGAGGUAGAACCACUGCUAUAAACAUUGUGUACACUUCUAGAGGCCAAUUUAUGAAAAAACUUAGCACGCAGUUGACUACUGAAUGGAUGCAAAAAAGACUAGAAGCACCUACGUUGAAGCGCAAUAUCCGGGAUAUAAUUGAAGUCAUCCUAUAAAAACCUUCCGAUGACUGUUCUGAAGAUAAUGAGGGUCCACCACCCCCAAAAAAAAGAAGAUAUUGCUCUUAUUGUACAUCUAAAAAGAAGAGGAUGUCCAAAAUGACGUGCGCCAAGUGCCAAAAAUCUAUCUGCGGCGAACAUCAUGUUCAUGUAUGUAUCGGAUGCAUCUAAAAUAUUUUUUUUGUUACAAUGUUAGUUUUUUUUAGUUGAUUACUUCAUAAUUUACUAUUUUUUAAGAGAAUUGUAUACUUUAAGUUUUUAUUUUUUUAUUUUUAAUGAGAAGACUGUUAAAUUACCUAAGAUCCUAA